AGAUAAAUUUAUCCUUUCUUCUCUAGACGAACGGCAGAGAGAUUGAGAACUAAUCAAAUCUCACUGCUCUACAGAUUGAUUCUUCUUUGUGUCUGGCUCUCUGCAUCUACAACAAGAAGAACACUAAUGAUUUUGCGAGAUGGUUGCAUGUUAUCAUUGUUCGCUAGAACCCCAUCUUUACUAGCUUAUCACUGUAACAGUUACAGCCGCCCCGUUAUCUGCAACUAUCUGCACCCAAUUCAUGCCCGCCGCCAAGACUCCCUACCAAUUAACCAAAUGCGCCGUCGUCUCAGCACGGCCACGGUACCUCUUGUACGAGAACAAACUUCCUCAAAGAAGAAAUCCCGUCGCGAAACUCCCGAAGGGAUUCUCCGCCACAAGUUCGACAUGUGCUCGAAGAACGGCGACGUAGCCGAAGCACUCCGUCUGUACGACGACGCAAGGAGAAACGGGAGUCAAUUACUGCAACAUCAUUACAAUGUCUUACUUUAUCUUUGUUCUUCGGUUUCGAGUGGAAGCGGGGUGGCCAAAGGACCCGCUAUUAAUCAGGGUUUGGAACGAGGGUUUGAGAUUUUCAAGCAAAUGCGUGCGGAUGGGAUUCAGCCGAACGAAGCGACUUUCACGAGUUUAGCGAGACUGGCUGUAGCUAAGGAGGAUCCAGAAAUGGCGUUCGAUUUAGUGAAGCAGAUGAAGGAUUGUGGAAUUCCACCCAAAUUGAGAUCAUACGGGCCAGCAUUGUUUGGUUUUUGUAGGAAAGGGAUGGCUGACAAAGCUUAUGAGGUAGAUACAGACAUGGUUGAGUCCGGCGUUUUAGCUGAAGAAUCCGAGCUUUCAGCACUCUUAAAGCUGAGUUCUGAAUCCAACAGAGAUAAGAAAGUUUAUGAAAUGCUUCAUCGUCUUCGGGCUUCUGUGAGACAGGUCACAGAAGAGACUGCUGAAAUAGUGGAAGAAUGGUUCAAAUCAGACAAGGCUAAAGUGGUUGGUGAAGUUAAUUGGGAUGUGAAUAAGAUCAAAGAAGGGAUAGUGAGAGGAGGAGGUGGAUGGCAUGGGAAAGGUUGGUUAGGAAAUGGAGCUUGGAAGGUUGUGAGGACUCAUAUGGAUGAGUCUGGUGUGUGUCAAUCAUGCAGAGAAAACCUUGUUUGUAUUGAUAUUGAUCCUAAAGAGACUCAACAUUUUGCUACCUCAUUAGCCAAUUUGGCUUGCCAAAGAGAAGCUAGAGCAGAUUUCUUGCAAUUUCAGGAGUGGCUUCAGCGCCACGGUCCAUUUGAUGCAGUGGUGGAUGGUGCCAAUGUGGGCCUUAUCGAUCAACAUGAUUUGAAUUUUAUCCAGCUCAACUCAGUUGUAAAUCGAUUACGUCAAAUGAGUCCAUCAAGGAAAUUGCCUCUUGUUAUCUUACAUCAAAAUCGUGUGAAUGGCGGUCCUGCUCAAAAUCCUCACAACAAGAAGCUUUUGGAUUUGUGGAGAAAGUCAGGUGCACUUUACGCUACGCCUGUUGGUUCUAAUGAUGAUUGGUACUGGUUAUAUGCUGCUGUUAGUUGUAAAGGUUUGCUAAUCACAAAUGACGAGAUGAGAGACCACCUUUUCCAAUUGCUAGGAACUAGUUUCUUCCCAAGAUGGAAAGAAAAGCACCAGGUUCAUUUAAUCGUAUCUAAGAGCGGUCUUAACUUCCACAUGCCACCUCCAUAUUCGCUUGUCAUUCAGGAGUCUGAGGUAGGGAAUUGGCAUGUGCCAACUACAGUAGGCGAUGAUCUGGAGAACCCGAGGCAGUGGUUGUGCAUCACCAGGCAAAGGAGUAGACGAACAAAAAACCCUCGUUAAAUCAUAUUCAUCGAUUAUUAUCUCAUUUCAGAGGCGUCUCUUUGCUAAGUUAUAGUGUUGGAACUGUUUUGACGUUGUUGAACCUCGACUAGCUUAAGGCGAAUGGUUUGAAGAAGGUGGCCAUAAGUGAGUAGACCUUUUGUUUGCUGCAAGGCUUGGAUAAAACUAUAGGUCAUGGCACCAGUAACAUAGUUGCCUGUUAAUGCCUGUUAUUAUACAAUAUAUCAAAUUUAAUUUCUAUCAGUAUGUCUAUAAGAAAUGAUUACUUGGUAACAUAAAAUUUUAAAAAUUAACAGUU